AUGGCGACCUCUCUCCGGAUCUCCGCGCCUAUGCAGGCCAAGGUCUGCCGGGCCCCGACCGCGCGGGCCGCUGCGUCUGUCCACGUGGCGCCCGUGCGCACCGCGCGCGCCCUCAGGUCGGUUGUGACGCGCGCGGAGGAGAGCACUGCGUCGUGGGCUACCGGCGCCGAGGCCGCGGGUGGCGCGGAGGCUGCGGCUCCCUCGUUCCGCCUGGCCUUCCUGUGGCUGGACAAGAACAUCGCCGUCGGUGUGGACCAGGUGCUGGGCAACGGCGCGGUGUCGCCAGUGACGGAGUACUACUUCUGGCCCCGGAAGGACGCGUGGGAGGACCUGAAGGCGGCGCUCGAGGCGCGCCCAUGGAUCUCGGAGCGCGACCGCGUCGUGCUGCUCAACCGGACGACGGAGGUGAUCAACUUCUGGCAGGACGAGGCCGGGAAGCACUCGAUCGAGGAGGCCACGGACGCCUUCCCGGAGUGCAGCUUCACCGGCGCGUAG